CUCGCCAUUUCUCUUCUACUUCUUUCUAUUCUCCCUCCAAAACUUUCCAAACACGCCACGGAUAAAAUCCUCUGUGUUUUUGUUUGGGUUCGUUGCUACUCGCCAGGGACUAGGGUUUUAUCUUUUACGGGGAUGGGGAGGUAUCGGAGCCGGAGCAGAAGCUACAGUCCGCGUCGUCGUAGCAGGACUCCGACACGUGGCACGAAGAGGUACGACGAUGACCCUCGAGAUCGUCACCGCUCUCACAGAGACCACGGCCGGUCCCCUCUUCCUUCUGGCUUGCUCAUUCGCAAUCUACCUCUCGACGCUAGGCCAGAAGAUCUUAGGGUUCCGUUUGAGCGGUAUGGUCCAGUGAAGGACGUUUAUCUUCCGAAGAAUUAUUACACUGGGGAGCCACGGGGCUUUGGUUUUGUGAAGUUUCGAUAUGGUGAAGAUGCAGCUGAAGCAAAACAACGAAUGAACCAUCAAGUUAUUGGUGGACGUGAGAUAAGAAUUGUUUUUGCUGAGGAGAAUAGGAAAACCCCUCAAGAAAUGCGUGUCACCACCCGCACAAGUGGUCGAGACAGGGGAAGCAGGAGAACACCGCCUAGAUCCCCAAGGCGCCAAUAUCGCUCUUAUUCUGGCUCGCUUUCACCUGCUAGGCACGAUUCAAGGGACCGGGGAGUGAGAGAUGAUUACCGCUCCCGCAGGCAAUCUGGAUCAAUUUCACAGGACCGUGGCAUGAGAGAUGACUAUUGCUCUCCCAGUCGAUCUAGAUCAAUUUCAAGGGAUCGUGGGGCAAAAGAUGAUUAUCACUCUCCCAGGCGAUCUAAAUCUGUUUCACGGUCUCUUUCUCUACGUUCUCCACAUGGUGAUGGGGAAAACAGAACCAAGCAGAGGUCCUCAAGUCCUAGGGAGAAUGGUUGGAGUCCCCAUGAUGAGAGAGACUAUGUGCGUGGCAGGUCAAGGAGUCCAAGGCGUGACAAGCACAGUCCUUCAAGGUCUCGUCCACGAUCCUUCAGUCCUCGCUAGAAGCUUUGUCAAAUGAUGCUGCCUUCUCAUGGUGCCGUGCAUGUCGUUGCUGCUGGAAACUGUAAUAUGUGUUAGUCUGGUGCUUUUUUAGGUAAAAGUAAUACUAUGAGGUAUUGUGGGUAGAUUAAGGAAAGACGUGUUAAAAUUUAGCAGUUUUUAAGAGUUGGUAGAUAUAUUGCUGCAUCUUGUUUUUAAUUAUUUUGAGAUACGACUUCUGACUGAUGUUGCAAUCUGCUUUCA